AUGGAAACCCCACAGCGUUCCUCACUUGGUUCUUCGUGUACACCUCCUUCUUUCUGGAACGCGAAACCAUUGGAAAGCUCUUUUAUGUCAACUGGGCUUCUUUCUAAACGAAAUAAACCACGGCUCACAGAAAAGAAUAAUGUGUUUACAGCGCCGCGUACUCCUUCUUCAGCAAAAGCUUUUUUUGAUAAAUUGUCAACACCUCAAACACCUUUAUUUCAAGAAGAAGCUAACGAUUCACCAUCGUCACCAACUAUGCAACAUAAAAAUUGGGAAACCUCAUCAUCACCCUCACCUUGUCCGUAUUAUUCUCCAUCAAUCGGAGGUUCUAGGCAAUUGGAUAAUUCAUUCUUUUACGGAGAAUCCCCGUCAUCGGCAUCAUAUUCUCCAUUAUUCUCUCGUAAUUCUCAAUAUUCUACAUGCCAAACGCCAUUAACGCAUAAUGGUCCUUCAUUACAACCAAUCGCCGCGGCGUCUCCAUUUUGUGAUCGAUCUCAAUUAGGAUCAGUUGGAAAGCUCUCGAAUUUCUACAAUAGAAUAUAUGGAAGUCAAUAUUUGGACUCGCCCAGAAAAGAUUCUUCGACCCUUCGUUUUCUCAAUCGAGAGUAUUUUCAAUCAUUGGGACAUGAAAAUGUUGCAUCGUCAUACGAUCUUAACUUUAAUGAGGAUUAUUUUCAUAGUCAAUUCGAUCGAAUUACCUCAUUGGGCUCGGGGGAAUUUUCACGAGCAUAUAAAGCUCGAGAUAAAAGAUCAGGUCGCUUUUAUGCCGUUAAAAGGAGCAAACGACGAUUCACCGGCAUUAAAGCAAGGAACGAAAGUUUAGAAGAGGUUGAAAUCCUUUGGGAAAUUGGCAAGCAUAAACAUUGCGUGGAACUUAUAUCUGCAUGGGAACAAAAGGAAACUUUGUAUCUUCAAUUUGAGCUAUGCGAACAUGGCAGUCUAGACUCUUUUAUUGAAGAAUUCUGCACACAAAAACGACUUGAAGAAACACGUAUAUGGAAGAUACUCACCGAUAUUGCUCUGGGUUUGAAACAUAUUCAUGAUAAUGAUGUAAUUCAUCUGGAUAUAAAACCGGCAAAUAUAUUUAUAACUGGAGAGAAAAACCUGAAAAUUGGUGAUUUCGGGUUGGCGACAAAAUGUCCAGCGCCACGUGGGAUCGAAAAAGAGGGUGAUCGAAAAUAUAUCGCAUUGGAAGUGUUAAACGGUUACUAUGACAAACCAGUCGAUAUAUUUAGUCUCGGGGUAUCUAUUCUGGAGCUCGCCGCCAAUAUCAUAUUACCUGAUAAUGGCCCAGAAUGGCAAAAACUUCGAGCGGGAGAUUUAUCCGGAUGUCGAUUCGAUGUAGUCUCCAACAUUCUUGUACAGUUAAUUCAAUGUAUGUUAAAUCCAGUGCCGUUGCGUCGACCGAAAAUUGAAGACAUAUUGAAACACCCUGUGAUCGAGGGCAUUAUUACAAAUCGAACAUCUGGUGUGUUAAAUAAGGGCACUUUAGAAGUAGAGGACCAAGAAAUCGCGCAAAACUUCAUGGAUAUUAUUGAAACGUGUCAUGAAUAA